AGAAAAAAGAUAGUAACGACUUCCACGUGGUCCUCGGGAAUGAAGCCUGUGAUUUGGACUCCAUGGUUUCUGCUAUAACCCUGGCCUACUUCCUCUCCAAGACCUCUUCCAGUAAAAAUUUGGUGUAUGUCCCAGUGUUGAACAUCCCUCGAGAAGACUUCCCGCUCAGGACAGAAUGCAGCUUCUUCCUGCAAGAAAACAGAAUAUCGGAAGAUCUGUUGACGUUCCGCGAUGAAGUAGACCUGGCCGACCUUUAUGAAUCGGGUCAGCUGUCGUUGUCACUGGUAGAUCACAAUGUGUUAGCCAGGUCUGACUCGUAUAUGGAAGACGUGGUGACCGAGGUUAUUGACCACCGUGUUUUGGAGAGGAAGCCCUCUGCGAACUGCCGGGUCACUGUGGAGCUGGUGGGAUCUUGCACCACUUUGGUUGCGGAGAAGAUCGUUCAGGAGGCACCACAAAUCCUGGACUUCCAACUUGCAUCUGUGCUUCGAGAUACCAUCGUAUUGGACUGCGUGAACAUGGCACCAGCCGCUGGCAAAGUGACCCCAAGAGACACGGAAUACGUCACCAUCUUGGAGUCGAAGUUCCCCGAAUUGCCUCAGAGGGGCGGCGUUUUUGACUCGUUGCAGAACGCCAAGUUCGAUGUCUCAGGUCUGAGUACGGAUCAGAUGCUCCGGAAGGAUCUGAAGUCGCUGACGGGUCGUGACGUCGCUCUGGCUGCCAGUGCGAUCUACAUGCACCUAGAGGACUUCCUGCGGAGGGACGGCUUGGAGAACGAUCUACAGACUUUUAUGCAGAAGAUACGGCUACAACGUCAUCGUGGCCAUGGCCAUCACCUUCACUUACAAUGAGCCCGUCAGGCAAAUUGCAGUGUACAGCCAGCAGGGGGAGCUCAGGAAAAAUGGUGAGCAGAGCCUUGGAGCAAGCCACAAACCCAUCCCUUGGCUUGUCUCUGACCGGCCACGGACCUUGCCAUCACGUGACCGCAUACCGCCAAGGAAACACAGGGGCGUCCCGCAAAAAAGUGCUGCCCAUCUUGAAGGACUUCCUGAGAAAGAGCGACUGCUCCUCCCGACCCAUGCAGGUGUUCCAGGAGGCCGAGGACUCCAAAGGACAAUCGGGAUUCAAUGAACAAAGUUUGGACAAUCAUUUUGAAUUCCCCUCAGACGAUGGCGAUCAGCCGGACUCCCAGGGGGAGGACUCCAAGGGAAAGGACUACCGGGCCCAUUUCGGGAAACAGUUGGAGGACGGUUUAGAGGAUGAAAACUCUUUCCCACCGACUCCUAUGAACAGUCUAGUGGAAGGUUGCCCCUUGGACCGAGGCCUACCGAAACUGACGGCGGAAGCCAUCUUGGAAAGGAUUAGCCGAAUUACGGUUGGGGAUUCGGAGGGAAAUGCAACGAUUGGGAGCCAAUGA